AUGGAUAGUGACGACGCCAUUGCAAUAGUAGGCAUCGGUUGCAAAUUUCCCGGUGCCGAAAAUCUGGAAGAAUUUUGGCGCGUUCUCGCAAACGGCGAAGAUCAUGUCAAAGACAUUCCAAAAGAUAGGUACGAUGUUGAAGCGUAUUACGACAGCGAUCCAGAUGCUCCCGGAAAAUCGUAUAUCAGAAAAGCCGGUCUGGUAUCAGGAAUCAACGAAUGGGACAAGAUGUUUUUCGGAAAAGGAGAUAACGAAGCCAAGAGGAUGGACCCCCAACAGCGAUUAGUGUUAGAGUGUGUAUACAAGGCCAUGGAAGAUGGUGGGAUCACUAAAGCAAAUUUGGAUCGGUCAGAAACAGGUGUCUACAUAGGUGUAAUGAACGGGGAGUUCGAAGCUCGUUCCAUCGAGGAUAUUAAGGUGUUGUCCAAUUAUUCCGUCACUGGACUUAGUAGGAGUGUUAUAUCAGCACAGGUUGCCUACUUUUUAAAUUUGCAUGGUCCAGCUCUUACAUUAGAUACUGCUUGUUCGUCAUCCCUUGUUGCAAUCCACACAGGCGCACAGGCAAUAAGAACAGGAGAGAUAACUCUAGCAAUAUGUGGGGGUGUGAAUGUUCUUCUGAGUCACAUGAUGUCGAUAGUAUUGUCAAAGGCACGGAUGGCAUCACCUACAGGCAAAUGUCACACUUUUUCAAAGAAUGCUGAUGGAUACGUCAGAGGGGAAGGAUGUGGAGUUGUCAUCCUCAAACGUCUUGGCGAUGCUAUUCGUGAUAACGAUAAAGUAUGGGGAACCAUUGUCACCGCCUGCAAUCAAGAUGGACAUGAAAAUUCACCAAUUACAGCGCCUGCAGAGAGUCAGCAAAUCCAUCUGUUAGAGAAGAUUUUCAACAAAUCAGGAAUCGAUCCCGGCAGCGUGCAGUACAUUGAAGCUCAUGGAACUGGAACCCCUGUUGGUGAUCCGAUAGAAGCAAACGCUCUUGGAAAAUUCUUUGGAUCACAUUUUAUAGAUCGUAAAAUUAAAAUUGGGUCCGUAAAAACCAACAUCGGUCAUCUUGAAUCCGCAGCAGGUGUUGCUGGACUCAUUAAAGUUCUUUUGAUGAUGAAACAAGGUUAUUUUGUACCCUCAUUGCAUGCCGAUGAGCAGAAUGACAACAUUCCAUUUGAAGAAUAUGGUUUUACAAUCAGCAAAGACCACUCAAAAUGGAAUCAAAGUCCUGAAGGCUGUCGAUUGGCAUCGAUCAAUUCAUUUGGAUUCGGAGGCACAAAUUCACAUGCAAUAGUAUACAGCAGCCAAAGGUUUAACAGAUUGGGAAAAAGCGAUAAAGAGUCAAUGUCUGAAGUUUUAUUUCCUAGACGCAACGCUGUAGUAUUAUCUGCAGUAACAAGGGAUUCUUUGCAAAAAAUGGUCCACGACGUGAGAGAAAAUCUCACUAGUAUGUCUUCACUAGAGGAUUUAUCAUAUACCUCUAUUUUUUGUAGAGAUCAUUUCAAAUUUCGUAAGCUGAUACUUACGGACUCCAAAGAAAAUCUUCAGAAGCAGUUGCAAACUGUUUUAGAGCAAAACGAACAGACCCUUUCCCCAGUGCCGUCUACAAAACCUCAAAUAGCAUUUGUUUUUUGUGGAGUGGGAACUACAUGGACAGGAAUGUGUUCAGAAAUGAUAGAUGUAAAUCCAGUCUUCAGAAAAUGUGUGCUUGAAAUUGACUCUCAUUUGAAAAAGCUUGGUGCAAGCAUUACCAUUUAUGAUGCAUUUCAAAAUAAAAACGAGGAUUAUACGAAUCCCAUUUUAGCUCACAUUGCAAUUUUUGCCACUCAAUUAGCACUUGCGGAGUCAUGGAAACACGUAGGGAUAUGUCCAUCAGCGAUCGUUGGACAAUCUGUAGGGGAGGUGGCUGCAGCAUACGAAAGUGGGGCAUUGUCACUUGGGGAUGCUGUAACAGUGAUUUAUUAUCGUUCACUUGCUCUGUCUACAUGUCAAAAUGGUGCAAUGAUGGUCAUUCGCAAUUGUGCAACUGAGACAGUUAGUCUAGCAUGUGCUAAAAUUCAGAAAAAUUUUAGAUGUAAAUUGAAUGUUGCAGUUUACAAUAGCACAGAAUCAUGUACUGUGUCUGGAGAUAAAGAGGCUCUGGAAAGACUGAAAACAUAUUUAGCAGACGACACAGUAUUCAUACCCCUCAGGACACCUUGUGCAUAUCACAGUCAUCAUACCAAAGACGCCAGUAAGGACCUGAUUGGUAUGCUACACAGUAUUAAACCAAAUGCGCCAUGUAUUCGAACCUUUUCAACAGUUACAGGAGCAGAAAUAAAAUCAGACUUUGCGUCUCCAGAAUAUUGGGCAUUGAAUGUUUCACAACCUGUAUUAUUUAUGCAAUCGAUGAAGUCAAUCAAGGAAACAUUAGACAAAACAAUAUUUGUAGAAAUAGGACCUCGACCAGUAUUCCAGGCACAUUUUUCUGCGGUGUUUCCGGAAACAGAUGACAUUAUUUUGCCAUCCAUGAACAAGAUGUCAGAGAUGAAAACAUUUUCAAACACAUUGAAUAAAAUUUUCGAAAAAGGGAUACCUCCGAUUUGGAAAAAUUUCACAGCAAUAAAUGGAAAUCUUUGCAGACUUCCAAGGUAUGUUUUCAGCAAGAAUGAUUGCAGCAUUAAAUCGGAUAUCAACAAGGGAUUAACACAAGGAAAUGAUCAAGAAAAUUACUCUGGUCGUAUGAUUCAAUCCACAAAGGGGCCAAACUGGAAAUUCAGUGUGUAUAUCUCAAAAUUGAAUACGCCUUUCGUAUACGAACAUAUUGUAGAUGACAGGAUCAUUCUGCCAGGCGCUUUAUACGGAGAGAUAGCACUUGAAAUCGGAAGAAAUAUAUGGAAUGGAAAUGUUGAAGAACUCGAAAUAUCAUGGCGAAUUCUGAAACCUUUGGAAAUAGGUAUGACAGAGGAGAAGUAUCUCCCUAUUGAUGUUGACUUCCCAUCUUCUUUGGAAGUUGAAUUCAAAGUACGAGAAAAAGAAGGGUCUAGGGUAUUGGCUGAAGGGACGGUGAAACAUGUGGAUCAAUCGAAGUCAGAAGUCGUAGAUGUUGCAAGCAUUGACGGGACACUUGGAAAGCAAAAAUCAAAUAACGAAAUCUACUCAUUCCUGAAUAGAUUAGGUUUCAAACAUGGUUCAACAUUCCGAAUAAUAUCGGGGAUUCAGUCAUCAACAAAUGACAAUCUUGCGGAAAUAAUUUUAACAAAAACCGUUCAGAUGGAAUUGCCAAGAGCUUGUUUCCAUCCCGUCAUCAUUGAUGGCAUGUUUCAGUCAUGCUUUAAUCCAACACUGAAAUUCGAACUCGGAAAACAAUCUCGCAUUCUACCUACUGGGGUAAAGAAAUUCACAGUUAAACAAUCGCCGACAAAAAAGAUGACAUGCUUUUCAAGAUUGAUGUUACAUCAAAAUUCAAAAGUAAUAUGCAAUGCAUUACUUUUACGAGAAAAUGGGACGAUUGUAGCAGAGAUGCAAGGUUUCGAAAUGAAUAUAGUCUCUGGUGAAAAUGAAACCGAAAAGCACUUCCUUGAAGAAAAAUGGCAACUCACUGAUAUCCCAAAAGGAGAGCGUUCUGCAAAUAGACCAAGUUUGAUAGUUUCAUGGGACGAACAAACAAUGAUAGAAGCUAAAACAGUUUUUUACAGAAUAUCCACACACUUAGAAACAGUCAACUUAUCUUCCAAUCUCCAAAUGAAUAAUUUUCUUUCAACAUUGCCUGAACGUAAAGGUGUAGAUUUAUAUUUCGUUCCUGGCUUCGUCACUGUUGAAAGUUCUGAAGAUGGAAACCAAGUGUUACAAUACGUGCAGAAGUCAGCACACCUUCUUUUGACAAUAUUACAGAAGAUCGACCUUGAUGCAGUGCGCUUAUACAUCAUUACAGAAUGGACACAAGGAGGAGAGGAGAGAGAGGUGUGUGGUGUCUUUGGAUCGGAACUAUGGGGUAUCGGUCGUUCGUUUCAGUUAGAACACUCUGACUUUAAACUUACAAUGAUAGAUCUUCAUGGAAACUGGCUAGACCUUCAAAAUUCAAUUGUAUCCACGAUUUGUUCUCUCGAAAACGGUACAGAAAAUAUUCUCUCUCGGGAAUUCAUUAUCUCAUCGAAAGGAGUAUCGAGAGCUAAAAUUCAACAUUUCCCAUCAACAUACUUUGUCGAUGAUGUGAAAACAGUUGACCCAUUAACAGAAAAACACUUUUCUGUUCGAACACGAUCCAUAUCAAACAAACCUUCUUUCUUUUUGGUUCCAAACCUAGAAAGUACGAACAACAACACCAAUGUUUGCAGCGUCUCCAUCGACAAAGUGUUGCUAUGUUUCAAGAAUUAUGGGUAUCCUUCCCCAAGUACAAUCCCAGUGACAAGGUACUGGAGUCACAGUCUCGACAUCGGACAUGACGUAAUGGCUUGUGAAUUUACCGGACAAUCUUUGAAAAAUGGGAAGCAAAUUGUUGGCUGUUCUCUCAUCAAUGUAGCGUCUUCGGUAGAAGUUAACAAACUCUGUAUCUGUGAAUUGCAAGAUAUACCAUUUUACAGGAUGGGGAUGUUUUUUAACACUGUUGUUGCAAUGUCCUUUGCAGAGAAAAUCGAAAAAAAGAAAUAUGUUUACGUUUUACAUGACAAAGAACAUGAGGAUGUAGCAGCAGUUUUGAAAGCACUACUUCAAAAGAAACACUGUUUAGUUAAAACAGAGGAAUUUCAUAUUUCGAAUGAUAGUCAAGAUCCUUCAGCCUCUGUUCUUAUCGUGUUGACAAAGCAAGUCACGUGCCCAUUUGAAUUGAUCAUUCGGUUGUUUCCAAAUCUUCAACAGUUACUUAGCAUCAAGGGCCUACUACCACUUUCUACAACUCUAAAUGAUCCAACAAACUACCCACACAUAGAAUCAUAUGUUGUAGAUAUAUUUGACAUAUUUGAGCAAACAAAAAUGCAAAAUCAGUUUAAGCGAGCAACACGCUUGAUACUCGAAAUAAAAGAUGUUGCUUCUAGAAUCCCUCAACACGUUUCAGAAGGUAUUUUGAAUGUGUCAAUCUUGAGAGAAUCCAUAAAAAUAGAAAUUCCAAGUAACAUGUUGAUAAGAAAAGACUCGGCAUACAUUGUUAUUGGUGGCCUGACAGGUCUAGGAUGGGAAGUGACAAAAUUAUUGGCUGCUCGAGGGGCAAAGAUAGUAAUUAGCUUAUCUCGACGAUUUCCCUCUGAGGUAGAAAACCGACGAAUAGAAAACAUAAAACGUAUUCGAAGCACAUAUCUCUGGCAUAAGAAAGUUGAUAUAGCAAAGAAAGAAGAUUUAGAUUGCGUUUUCGCAAGACUUCUAAGAAAUCUUGGAAUCACAAAGAUCCGUGGGAUUUUUCACGGUGCCGGUGUUCUACGAGAUACACCCGUGAAGAGAUUGACAACCGAGAUGUUUGAUGUUCCGCUAAUUCCCAAGGUAUUGGGCACGUGGAAUCUUCAUCGAGUGACAGAAAAUAUGGAUUUGGAUUAUUUUGUUAUGCACUCCAGCAUAGUUUCUCUUUUGGGAAAUAGAGCUCAGUCUAAUUAUGCUGCAGGGAAUGCCUUUAUGGAUGCAUUUGCUCAUUAUAGACGCUCGAUUGGCAAAGCGGCACAGGUGAUCAACUGGGGAUUGUUGUCUGUCGGAAUGGGAGCGGAUCAAAAUAUUCAGGCUAUAAAUGCAAUGAACGGAUUUUAUGCAUUGUCAAAGCAUGAGAUAGUUAAUGCAAUGAACUGUGCAUUGAUCACAAAUAAGGUCCAAUUUGCGGUUGCAGACUUGAACACGUCUUUAUUAGGAAGAAAAUUUGAAAAACAUCUUGAGUCAAGUCAUAUUCAAUUGCAUGACGGACAUGCAGAUUUAGUCAAUGCGCUUCCAGAACACAUGGAGAACAAAGAUCAGUCACUUCAGUCAUGGGUUGACGUUGUGAAGUUGUGUGCCGCAUCGAUUUUAUCAGUUGACCAAUCGGAAAUCAAAGAUACAUCAAUCCUCCUUGACUUUGGAUUGGAUUCCCAGAAAGCAAUAGAGCUGAUCAAUUACCUGUUUGAAUCCAGUCAAAUACGCCUACCUGUAGUUUAUCUCAUGACGGGAAAAAACACCGUUACCGACAUCGCUGGUUACUUCCUUUCCAAAUUAACAAAGGAGGAUGCAACAUGCGAUGAUGAUUUUAUUUCUGAAAGUCCGUCAAGUUUAGAGCUACAUUAUUUUGAUUUGUAUGAGAGCGAUUCGAAUAAUCCGCAUUUCACAAUUACAUUAGACUUCACUGUUUCUUGGGAGCUGAAUAGUGCAGAAAUAUGGAAGACAUCCCUCUUGAAUUUGAUUUUAAUCAAUCCAGAACUUCGAACAAUAUUUCAAAAAACGGAACCGGGACAAAAGCGUGCUGAUAAAAGAAAAUUAGUACUUGACAUUGAGGAUGUCUGUUUCGAUUUCUUCAAAGUUUCGUCAAAUGAUGAACUACAAAAAGUGUUCAAGGAAGUAUCAAAGUUUGAUCCACAUGUUGACAUUCCGAUAAAGGCUAUGUUUUGGAACUCACCUACUUGUGGAGCUUUAAGGUUGAUAUUGAAUCACUGCUGUAUAGACAAUGGAAGUGUUUCAACCAUUGUUAAAGAUCUUGGGUACAUCAUGAAAUAUUAUAUCAUUCAUCGAUGUUUUCCAGAGGUGACUGCCCGAGAGUCGUUGGAUUCAGCGUUGCUAAUAGAAAAACGCAUGAGAGGAGAAGUGGACGAACUUAAAUCUUUCUGGAAUACAGAACUUUCAAAAUGUAAGAAAUCACAAAGUUUUGAAGUCCUUGAAACAUCAAAAGAGACAUUUAACAGCACAGGUGGAGUGCUAAUGCAGCGGCAGAGUGACGAACAUAAGUUAGGCAACGUCACAACGAAGCAUUGGAGUGGUGAUCAUAACACAAGCAAAGUAAUCACCAAGCAUUGGAGCGGUGAUUACGUCACAAACGAAAUGAUCACAAAGCACUCGAACGGCGAACAGAAGACAACUGACGUCAACACGAAGCAGUGGAACGGCAAUCACGAGUCCAACAGCGUCAUCACAAAGCAGUGGAACGGCGAACAGAAGACAAGCGACAUCAACAUGAAGCAUUGGGACAGUGAUCAUAAUACAAAAGAUGUUAACAUCAAUCACUGGAACGGCAACCAAAAGUCAAGCGACGUCACCACAAAGAUUUGGAGCGCGGGUCAAUUUCAAAACCUGGAAGAUACCUCGAAAAAAGGCAAUUUCUCCCUAUUUUCUUUGUUUUGUACCGCUUUCCAAUUGACUCUUUCUAAGCAAUUACAGUGUCAAAGAAUAUGCGUUAUUAACGCAAUCGAUAUGAGGCUACAUUUUCCGGAAUUUCGCGAUCGAAUAGCUUUGUGUGUUAAUUACGUUCCCAUGGUUUCACCAGAUUUAACAAACCCAGAAUCAACCUUGCACACAGUUCUGACAGAAAACAAAAUAAUUAUCGUUGACGGAAUUUCAAAAAGUAUUUUCCCAUUCAAACACACAAAGGAAUUGCCAACUUUCAGAAAUGAUAUUCACAUGACUCACUCUAUAAUAAUGGAAGACUUGACACUUUGGAAGGAUUUCAACUCGUCACAUAUCCGUUUAUCAAACUUUGGUGUGGAACAGGACUCGACGUAUGAAACGUGUCUUAGUGUUAUAAUUCACCCCACAAAGUCGCUGGAGCUUCGAUUAAGGUACUCAGUCGAGAAAGUUGGAAGAUACAAUGCAGAGAAUAUCCUCGAAAACAUUGAGGAGCUCCUUUUAAAUACUGUAUCCAAUCCUGACAUGAAACUUCACACUUGGCAGCCAUCUUGCAAACAGGAAAAGGCAAUAGAAGGUUUACCACAUGUUUACUUCUUUCUGUGCAAAAAGAACGGAAAACCCAAGAAAAAGAAAGUUCUUAUACAGCACAAUCCUGUAUUUACAUUGGAAUGGGGAUCAAAGCAGAAAACACGUGUAGCUGCGUCAGAUAUAAAACUAAUCACUGGUGCUCAGCUCCCAGGGAACCAUGCAGAGGAUUUACAUGGUAUUCAUAUAAAAACAUCCCAUUCUGAAGUUCGCUUGUUCACAAAGAAUCGAAGACAUCGUGACGCCUGGAUCUCUGUUCUGAAGAGGAAACGGACAAAACAUUUUGAGAGUACGGACUUGUGAACUAAGAACAUUUUGAUAGUACCCACUUGUAAACUAAGAACACAAAAUGAAAUUUUCAAGAGUUUAAAACAUUUGGUACGACAGUCAGAGAUGACCUCUGUUUUUACACACCUCUGUCAACAUUAUUCUGAACUAACAGACAGCUGCUGUGGAGGAAUGUUACGUUCGGACUUUGUAAACGAUGCUUUGUAAUGCGUUUAUGUCCGUGUGUAUUAAUUUAUUUGUGUAUUAUUAUUCACUUACUAUAUCUAUAAAAAUAAGAGUGGUGAUUAAACAUUUUUAAGAUGAGCACCAUAUCAAUGCAAACCAUUUUUAAGGGGAAUAAGCAAAAUUUGGACAGGUGGUUUUGGUAUUAUAUACUUUUAUAACCUCUUCUAUCGAUCGUGGUGAUCCGUCUCGCUACAAGGUCCUGUUAAAUUUUAAAGUCCUGUUAAGGUUAUUAAACUUCACAGCCUCCAGGAAAAAUACCCACGACUGAUUAAGUGCUAGUUUUCUGCUAUUUAAAGUCAGAAUAUCUUAUCCCAAAAAUUUAAGAAUAAUUGUAAAAGAAUAUAUAGUUGCAAUACUAAUUUAAAACACAAAUAGAAAGAGAAAUAAUAUAUUACAUCAACUUUAGUUAUGAAGAAUACAUAUAAUAUUAUAAAGUUAAUCAAAGAUAAAUUAGAUAUUUUCUUAAAUUUGUCAGAGUAUAACAUUGUAUCAUAAGCCUGUAGUAGUUGUAACACUAUUAUACAUAGUGAGAGGGAGUAGAAGUCAAUAAUUAAUUUAACUGUUCGAUUGCGAGUUUAUAUUGACUGUUAACAGUUUUGAUUUAACGAGAUAUAAUUAUGAUUUCUUUAAAAUGUCGAUGAGCAAUAACGACCAGGAUGUAAAAACCUGAUAUAUUUACCGGUGAUUUGAUUUGAACAUAUUUUAUUGUAUAAGUGCAUAAUAUACAAACGGUUUGAACACAAAGUCUUUCAACUUCCGGGGUUCUCGCCUUAAUUAUUUUUCAAAUAUCAUAUUACCGGUGUAUGCAAGAUAUGCGUAUUUGCAUGUCGGAGAUAUUUACAGGUACAUCAAAUACGGUGAAAAGGCAGGCCUUUUGAUUAGGUCAUGUGAUGAAGAAUGAUAUUAUUGUAUAUCUUAUUCAUGAUCAUAUUUAUGUUUUGUAAUUUGUAAUACAUGUAUAUACCGAAACA